GUGCUCGCAAAAUGCUCGAUUACUGAUCUGGACAUCGCCAGUCCGUCACCCCGUUCAAUGCAGCUGAGGUCACCAAGAAGGUCACCAAGCUACAAGCCGAUAUCAUGCUUGAGGAAAAGAUGCUGCAUGCAGCUGAAAAGCUUCUGCACGCAACCGCAGACGCCAACAAAAUGCAAGCCCUGAAUCAGGUCGAGGCAGCAAACAAGCGACUCAAGAUCUUGCGCAUUGAACUCGAAAGGCAUGUUGGAUUCCUCUCCAGCACCUCCGGCAACCCGGACGAGGUUACAGCGCAGACCCCUGUGGCCCAGUCGAUGGGCACAACGCCCUCAUUAUCGAUGCUGGUCUCGACCGAGAGCUCGACGGCGCUGGCAGAGUGCGCCCAUCUUACCCACGAGCAGCUGGAUGAAGUGGAGCAGUAUCGCCAGGAACUCGAGGAUCAGAUUGAGAUCGAGAUGAAAAAGCGCGACUUGCUCGUCAAGGGAUCCAACACCAUCUUUGAGAAGAAAAAGUCGACUAAGGAUAUUGACAUGGAGAUUGCGAUGUGUGAUCGCCUGCUGCAUCGAUGGAAAGAUGAAAUCAAGAUAAUAGUUACGGGCGAUGCCGACAAAAUCGCCAGCCUCUACCAUCGCGUCAUUCAAAAGAACGAAUGCAAUGGACAUUGGUUCAAGGUCAAGCAGUACGAGUGCCCAACGGACUGCUCCUAUUGCCAUGAGCCGCUCUGGGGAGCCAAGAGCGAAGGAUUGGAAUGCACAGUGUGCAAGGCAAUCUGCCACAAGGCGUGCAAGAAUCUGAUCAGUGUGAGCUGCCAAGAUAUACUUGAACUGCAAAACAUUCCACCGAUGUACUUUAUGGCCAACGAUCCGCAAGAGAAGGCUCGAUGGGUUGCCGGCCUCACUCAUCUGCGCAACGAAUGCGAAGACGAGAACUCGGGAGGACAAGCUGGCCAUUCAGACACACCGCUCCGGAGCGGUGCUGGGUCACUAUCAUCGCUUGUGAUGCUCUACGACAAGAUGGCCAAGGACAACAUCAGCAGCAACGCCAAGCCUCUGGCUGGUGCAAGGAGCGGCAGCGGCUAUCUCCUCUCAACAGCGGCUGGGUCAGCAACACCCACAGCAGGAUAUGACUCGCCCAAGACUCCCGGAACGCCGACGACGCUCUCUCGGAUGGGCUCGGUCCUGUCGACUUCGGGCAGGGAAAAGAGCAAGAGCCAGACCAUAUGGGGACGGGGGUAGUAUCAGUCUAUCGAGUGCUGGGCUGUUCGGACCCGAGCGGCCACCACUCUCUCUCAACACCUGUAGCAUAGCAAUCCUGCAUCAAGCAGCCUGGUGGAGCUGGGGAAUCUCCUCCGAUGGUGAUUCCGGGUGCCGUUGCUGGUGCCUGCGAGCGCAGAUGCGAGGCAUCCGACAUGAAUCCAGCAAAUGUGAUGCAACGGCAGCGAGAUGUGCAGCCACAGCGGGAUCCGCACUCGGAUACAACUACGAAUACAUCCAACAGAUGCAGACCUUUGCGGUCCGUCCGAUACUCUGGAGCCAUCGCUUUGGAU